GUUUUUAAAAAUUCACAGAAUUAUGGAGAAAUUGUAUGAAAAGCCAGUUCUGACGAAUACACAUCCUCUAUUCUAUCAAAUAAAGAAUGAUAGGAACAAGAUUUUAGAAAAUCUUGGAGAUCCACACGUUUCGUCGUUCAAUCACUUCCUUACUGAUGGCAUGAAAACAAUUAUUGACAGUCUGGAUCCUUAUGAAUUUGAGCUAAUUAAUGGAGAAAAGAUUAAAUUAAAUAUAGAACAAUGUGAAAUAACAGCACCAAGGAUCACACAACAGAUUGAUGUAAAAGAAAGAAGAGUAUUUCCAGCAGAAGCUCGUCAAAGAUCCGUAACAUACACAGGAAAUUGCUCAAUGACUCUUGGAUGGAGUAAAAAUGGCUCAAGACAUGGAUCUAUCGAUUUUGAUUUAGGACCAAUUCCUAUAAUGAUUCGAUCAAAAGCAUGCAAUUUGGACGGGAUGUCACCAGCAGAGAUGGUAAAGAAGAAUGAACAUGAACAUGAUUGGGGAGGAUAUUUCGUGGUCAAAGGAAAUGAGAAAUUAAUAAGAAUGCUAUUGAUGAUGCGGAGAAAUUAUGCAAUAGCCAUGAAAAGAGGAACAUGGAAGGAUCGUGGCAAAUAUUUCACAGAUUAUGGUGUUAUUGUGAGAUCUGUUUCAGUUGAUCAUACAUCAACAAAUAAUGUACUUCAUUUUCUUAAAAAUGGAACUGCCAAAUUUAUGUUCAGUCACAAGAAGUUGUUGUCAUAUAUUCCAGUUAUUUUGUUACUCAAAGCUUUAGUGAAUCAUAGUGAUGAGCAGAUUUAUAAGGAUUUAAUUGCUGGAUAUGAGAAUGACUUGUAUUAUAAGUCGUGCCUUCAAGAAAUGCUUCAUGAGAUUCAUAGACAGAACAUACACACACAUUUUGAUGCUAAGAAUUACUUAGGACAAGUCUUUAAGUCGCGCUUUGAUAAAUUACCAACUUGGGCAACAAACUUAGAAGUCGCUGAUCAUAUGCUGUUAAAGUGCAUCCUUAUUCAUCUUGAUGACUAUACCGAUAAAUACAAUUUCAUCAUUUUUAUGACCAAAAAACUCUUUCAAGCUGCUCAAGGCAAAGUAAAGCUUGAAUCUGCAGAUACAGUCAUGAUGCAGGAACUGCUUCUUGGUGGACAUUUAUAUCAAAAGUUAUUUAAAGAGUUUCUCGAUUCCUGGAUGACUUCAAUGAAAAUUAAUUUAAAUAAGAAGCUUAAUACUGAUCAAUCUAUUGGGAUUAAGGUUACAGAUCUGCAGACAGCUGGGCGAUAUUGUGGAAAUUUAAUGAGACAUUUUGAAUACUUUUUGGCUACUGGAAACUUGGUCAGUAAAACUGGAUUAGGAUUAAUGCAAAAUUCAGGUCUGGUUAUUAUGGCUGAGAACAUCAAUCGAAUGCGUUACAUGAGUCAUUUCCGUGCUGUUCAUCGUGGUUCGUAUUUUGUGACAAUGCGAACAACAGAAGCACGUCAACUAUUGCCUGAUGCUUGGGGAUACAUUUGUCCUGUACAUACGCCUGACGGAUCUCCUUGUGGCUUAUUAAAUCACUUGACAGUCGAUUGUAUAUCAUCGCCAGAUGUUUUACAUAAACUUGAUAUAAAAGACAUUAUUAAAUUGUUUGUAGAACUUGGAAUGGAACCGAUUGAUUCAAACUUCCUUUGUGAUCUUGAGAAUUACUACACAGUGAUGCUUGAAGGACAAAUUAUUGGAUAUGUACAAGAUGAAUUGAUUAAUAAAGUUGAGGAACAACUUCGUGCAGUUAAAAUUGAUGGAAAAAGAAUACCAAAUACAGCUGAAAUAGUUUUAGUUCCAAAGAAGAACUGUGGUCAAUAUCCUGGUUUAUUCAUAUUCAUUGGUGCUGCUCGAAUGAUGAGACCAGUUCUUAAUCUUAAAUUCAAUAAAAUAGAAAUGAUUGGAACAUUUGAGCAAAUUUUCUUGGAAAUAGCAAUAACAAAGAAAGAAAUUCAUCCAGAAAUGACGACACAUUUGGAACUGUCUAAACUUUCGUUCCUUUCUAAUCUAGCAAACUUAAUUCCAUUGCCAGAUCACAAUCAAUCACCAAGAAACAUGUAUCAGUGUCAGAUGGGAAAACAAACAAUGGGUACGCCGUGCCUUAAUUGGUUCACACAAGCAUCAACUAAAUUGUAUCGUCUGCAAACACCAGGAACGCCUCUAUUUCGUCCAGUUCAUCACGAUAAUAUAGAACUUGAUAAUUUUGCGAUGGGAACUAAUGCGAUUGUUGCAGUUAUUAGUUAUACUGGAUAUGACAUGGAAGAUGCGAUGAUUAUUAAUAAAUCAGCAUUCGAACGAGGUUUUGCACAUGGAACAAUUUAUCAUACAGAAUUUUUCGAACUUAAAGGCGAUAGUUAUUUUGCAAGAGAUCCAAAGAAGGCAGAAUUAGCUAAAUUCAUUGAUUCUGAUGGAUUUCCAAUUGCUGGCCAAAAAGUUAAUCCUGGUGAUCCAAUUUGCUGUUAUUAUGAUGCAAAUGAGACAUCAUUUAUUGUUGAAAAACAUCACGGAAAGGAAAUGGUUAUUGUGGAUAAUGUCAAGCUGCUUGGAGAUUUUACUCCAUUUGCUCCGAAAAAGGCUUCAAUUACAACGAGAAUUCCUCGAAAUCCAUGUGUUGGUGACAAAUUUGCUAGUCGAGCUGGACAGAAAGGAAUCUUUUCACAAAAAUAUCCUGCUGAAGAUUUACCAUUUACUGAAAGUGGUCUUAUUCCUGACAUCAUUUUCAAUCCUCACGGUUUCCCAUCUCGUAUGACAAUUGCUAUGAUGAUCGAGUCGAUGGCAGGAAAAUGUGCAGCUGUUAAUGGUGAUGUUCAUGAUGCUACACCGUUUACAUAUUCUGAAGAUAAUACAGCCAUUGAUCAUUUUGGAAAUAUGCUUACAAAGGCUGGAUAUAAUUAUUAUGGAACUGAACGAAUGUACAGUGGAAUUGAUGGUCGUGAAUUAAAAGCUGACAUUUUCUUUGGAGUUGUUCAUUAUCAAAGACUUCGUCACAUGGUUUCUGAUAAAUGGCAAGUUCGGUCGACAGGACCUGUUGACUUAUUAACACAUCAGCCAAUAAAAGGACGAAAAAGAGGUGGUGGUGUUAGAUUUGGUGAAAUGGAACGUGAUGCUUUAAUAUCACAUGGUGCUGCAUUUUUAAUACAAGAUCGUUUGUUAAGAAAUUCAGACUUGACGACAUCCUUAAUAUGCAAGCCUUGUGGAAAUUUAAUAACGCCAAUUGACAGAUUUGUUGUGGGACGAAAUAAAGGAGGUGAUGUGAUUAAACAAAUGGAAAAAUGUAAAUUAUGUGGACGAAGCGAUGGAAUCGAUAUCGUUGAAAUACCUCACGUCUUCCGGCUUCUAAUAGCACAGCUAUGUGCUAUGAACAUUAAUCUACAAGUUAAUUAUAAAGAUAUGGAAUAAGUUUUUAUUUUGAACAUGUUACAAGCUUUUAUAAUAAAAAUCAUAUUCACAUUAAUCUAAUUAAUUAAUCAAGACUUUCAGUCAUCAAGUAUCAAAAUUACAUUUCCUUUCUCGGGCUUCUUAGCUUCCUCUAAAGCCUUGACUCGUUUGAGUAUUUCUUCGUCGUUUUUCAAAAGUUUGUUCAUACGUGCAUUAAUUAAAGAUAAUUCAGCAUGACGAGAUAAUGUUCCUGAUGAUGGCAAAAAAACCUUGUGUACUUGUGCCUUAUUUAAUGCAGUUUGGCAUGUCCAGCAUUUUGUAGAAUUCAGAAUCAUUUUAUCAACACAUUG